AUGCUAAGGAAUAGCGUUAAGAGAUUGUAUUCCAAUGUCACUAGAACAGACAAUUUCAAACUUUCGUCACUCUCGAACGGGUUGAGAGUGGCCACAUCCAAUUCUCCUGGACACUUCAGUGCCUUAGGGCUCUAUAUCGAUGCAGGGUCUCGUUUUGAAGGCAGAAAUUUGAAAGGUUGUACCCAUAUCCUGGACAGACUUGCGUUCAGGUCGACCGAGCAUAUCGAGGGGAGGGCGAUGGCUGAGACGCUUGAGUUAUUGGGUGGGAACUACCAGUGUACAUCGUCUAGGGAAAAUAUGAUGUAUCAGGCCUCGGUAUUUAAUCAGGAUGUUGGUAAGAUGCUCCAAUUGAUGUCCGAGACAGUGAGGUUCCCUAAGAUUACUGAACAGGAACUACAAGAACAGAAAUUGUCAGCAGAGUACGAAAUCGAUGAAGUUUGGAUGAAACCUGAGCUGGUGUUGCCUGAGCUUUUACAUACGGCAGCAUACUCUGGAGAAACAUUGGGGUCCCCCCUGAUCUGUCCCCGAGAACUUAUUUCUUCCAUUUCCAAGUACUACUUAAUGGAUUACAGGAAUAAAUUUUACACUCCGGAAAAUACUGUCGCGGCAUUUGUUGGAAUUCCCCACGAUAAAGCCUUGGAGCUUGCAGAAAAGUAUUUGGGUGACUGGCAAUCUACUCACCCCCCAAUCAGCAAGAAGACCUCCCAUUACACCGGUGGCGAAACUUGUAUCCCACCAGCACCCGUUUUUGGGAACUUGCCAGAAUUAUUCCACAUUCAGGUAGGAUUUGAAGGCCUUCCUAUAGAUCAUCCAGAUAUUUACGCUCUGGCAACUUUACAAACCUUGCUUGGGGGAGGCGGUUCAUUCAGUGCGGGUGGUCCUGGAAAGGGGAUGUAUUCCCGUUUGUAUACACAUGUCCUAAACCAAUAUUAUUUUGUUGAGAAUUGCGUCGCAUUCAACCACUCUUAUUCUGACUCAGGCAUUUUCGGUAUCUCACUAUCUUGCAUACCUCAGGCAGCCCCACAGGCAGUUGAGGUGAUUGCACAACAAAUGUAUAACACAUUUGCUAACAAAGAUCUGAAAUUGACUGAAGACGAAGUUUCUAGAGCCAAAAAUCAAUUGAAGUCUUCACUGCUAAUGAAUUUAGAGUCAAAACUAGUGGAGUUGGAGGACAUGGGUAGACAAGUCCUAAUGCAUGGUCGUAAGGUUCCUAUUGACGAAAUGAUAAAUAAGAUUGAAAAUCUAAGACCAGACGAUAUUUCCCGUGUUGCUGAAAUGAUAUUUACCGGAAAUGUAAAUAAUACUGGUAAGGGUAGAGGUAAACCUACCGUUGUUAUGCAAGGGGAUAGAAGUGCCUUUGGUGACGUAGAGCAUGUAUUGAGUGCAUAUGGACUAGGCAAAAAUGCCUCCAUCAAAAACGAUAGCUCCAAGAAAACUGGUUGGUUUUGA